UGUGGUGAAGAUCAAUCCUUUUUAUUUUUUCCAUAAAAUAAGUACUGACUGACAAAUAUACCUACGUCUCUUCUACAAAAAUAAUUUGGUUGUCCUAAAAAUCAAUAGCAUGGAGGCAUACAUUUGUUCUGUCUGCAAUGAGACUACAGGCAAGACCAUUGCCUCUGCUAGACAUCAUAUUUGUAUGAACAGACAUGAAAAUGUAUGGAUUUUGGACAAAUAUGUGUAUCCAUACGAUCCUACCGCUUCCGAGACCAGUUCAUAUGUAGAAACGGAAGAAAUGCUUACGCAGCAAUCGGACGAAGUGUUUACUGAACAAACUGAUAUCUGUGGUGCUUCUACUUCAAAUGUCGAGGACGAGAAUGUAGUGCCAAUACUAUGGCCUGUUCCAGCAAAAAAGCUUCUAAUAGAAUUGUAUCCAAAAUUUGCCAAAAGAUUUUCUGAUCGACUUAUUAUCUCGAAGGAGCAGAUGUUUGCAAAACUUGCAGCUGAAAUGGCACAAUUUGGGUAUAAGUAUACAACAACUCAGGUUAAGUACAGAUGGCGGUGUUUCGAGCGGUCUUAUAAAAAUUUUAUAAAACAUACAAAAGCAACAGGACGAGAAUAUAAAAAAUUGGAAUUUUAUGACGAGCUACAUGACAUUUUCCAUAACGAACCACGAUUUCAUCCAGAAAUUGUUACAUCAAGUGUAAUCACAGUAACAAAAGAAAUUUCAAAAGAAAAUGUACCGCCGGUAGAAGAGACAUUACUGCCACAACCCAGGAAACAACAUGCCGUGAUAAUCACGUCAAAAUCCAGUGAUGUCUACCACCAUGACGUGAUGUGACAAGAAUGGUACGUCAUAUUGACGUGAUACAAAUGCCUAAUGAAUGACGUCAUAUAAAUACGAAAAUGGGACGUGAUAAACACGUCAUUAUUAUGACUAUUUUAUUGGAUAUGCUUAAUUUAUAUCAAUAAAUUUAUAGUAGCAGUGUAUAGGUGUGUUUAAUAAAGCCGCCCAGUGCACAAUCACUGAAUAUGGGAAUUACGAUAUUCUUUUUUACCGCCUUUUAUCUUCGGUACCUGACGUUACAAUUCGGGUUAUGUUCGUUUUUUGUCAGCUAUCAUGCGCAACGUGAAUCGUUAGCGUCCUCCGUAUAAUAAAAAAGAUGGAGUUUUUAGGUGUGGAGUUUUCUGCGUCUUGUGGGGGCGGUUUAGCUAUAAUUAACAGAAACUGGUUAACGCCAAGAAAAAAAAAUGCCUUCUGGCCACCCUACAAAACUCAAUCUGUGUACGAAAAAGCAUUAAAAACGGGAGAGACACCAAAUGAAGCAAACUGGAAAAUUUAUCCUGUUUCUAGGUGCUUCUUCGAAACAGAUGAUUACUCGAAAGCAAGGUCAAAACUAAAGAGAGCCGAAUUACAGUCCGAUGUUCAAUCAGAUGCCGAUGAGGAUUCGUGUUUAAGUAAGAGGGCUAUUCAUCCUCCAAAACGGUUGUGCUAUGAAAGCAGUGAUGAAGAAGGGUCACUCAGUACACUUCCUGCACCACCUCCAAUAAAUAUCUCAGAGCUUUCUAAAAAUUUAUUAAAUGCAGAGUCGGCAGGUUCGCCGGGUAGAUCUCCACAUUCAAAUCCAAUUUCUAUUAAAAAGAAUCGUCCUUCAAAGGCCUCUUUAAUUAUCUCGGAACACGAUAGACAAACUCCGGCUAAAUAUAAUGAUGUCACGUCAGGUUGCUCAAGUUCACUACAAUCGACUCCGUACAGGAUAAGAAAUAAACUCUUCAUACCUGAUAAUCUAGCUGAUAAUUUAGAAACUGAAGAUACAGAAAUUUGUGAAACAUUAAAUGAAGGACAAUCAGGUCCAUCAAGUGUAUUAAAUUCACGAGUUUCGAGUCCUAAUUUGAAUCAUACCAUUGUUGAUGUGGAUGAUUUGCUACGUGGAACUCAUGUUGAUUACCAUGAUAAAAAAUAUAAGACUUUAUUGCGGUUACUGAUCCACAUCAAGUCUCAAAAUGAUCAUGUUGCUAAGCAAAAUGAAGCCAUUUUAAAGUCUUUAAAGAAGAGAGAAGUUUUACAACAAAGUAAUACCUCAUAUCAACUGCCCAAUGACGUCCCUGUGAAAAUCCCCAUACAACAAUUACUGGAAAUACCAAUAAUUGAGGAAUACCUAUCUGAAGAAGAUCACCUAUGUGCUAUGAGUGCAUAUUUAUCCACCUUAGGUGGCCGCGACAUUACAACUAAAACAAAUACUAUUUUGAGAAGUGUGAUCUCAAACAAAGUAGCAAUCAAUUUCAGUUUUUUGGGAACCCGUAACAAUAAGCAGGCAUUUACUAAAUUAAACUUAAAUAAAUUGAUUAUUCGGGCUGUGCAGUUAUCAACGCCAAAUACACCAGAGCAUGAAAUCAACGAAAAUGUGAAAGUCUGGUUGAAACAUGCUCCUCAGAGACUGACACUCGAAAAUAAAAAACAAAAAGAAAAUAAAUAGGUAUGUUAGUUGUACAAGAAUUAAUUUU